UCGUUCUGCUGCCUUCUGCUACCUCUGAUUGUUCUGAAUGACACCAAACACCUCUUUUACCAUCGCGUACGCGCGUUGAUAAAAUACUUUUGCUGAACGCCGCCAGAUCACGCCAGAUUGCCAAAUGACGUGCAUAAGAAACAAACAUGAAGGUUUUCGAAUCAAAUUUAACCGUUUUGCUCCUUCUCAGCAGUCUCAGCCAGUCUCAGCAAGUCUCAGGAGUCUCAGGAGUCUCAGCUCAGUGCAGCUCAGCUGUAGACGGACAAAAUGAUUCCAUCUAAAUCUAAGAGAAGUGAAUCUAGACGUUCAUCGAUUCUUAAGCCACGUAAACCACGGCAACCGUUGCAAAACGUAAAUUUUGAUUCUUCAUCCAAUGAAAACAGUCCAGCUGCGUCAAAAGCCAAGAGACGUGUUAGUUUUGCGGAAAAGAAACAUGUCAAAGAGUUUUGUCAUUCUACUGAACAAGGGACUGUAUGGGAUAAUACAUAUGAAGAAAAUGAUUCCACUUCGAAAGGAUCUUUUGUAUUCGAUCAGAAUGCUGAAGGUGAAUCAAAAGAAAAUACAUUGUUACAUACUUCUAACAAGGAUUGUAGACGUGCUCAUUCCGAAGGUAACUCGUGUUGUCUAAGCAGUGCUUAUUUAACAAGUAACCAACUGUCGCAAGAAUGUGUUGCAAGAGAUAACGAAGAAGAUAAUGUAAACUGUGAUUUAGAUCUUACCGAUCCAAUAAAAUCUACAGAAUUAUCUAAUACAUCUCGACUAGGACAUGCUUUAUUGCCAAAUGAAUCUUGUGUAUCUAACGAUGCAAUAUCGAGCGUUAUUGUUGCACAUUGCGACUCGAAUGACGAAUGUAUGGAAUUGCCCAAUGAAGAAUCUCAAUGUAGACAAACUGUGAUAAAAAAUAUAUCUAAAAACAUGAAAUCAAACAAUAUUACUAUAUAUAGAGAUUCCAAUGAAAAGGACUGCGCCAAUAAAUGUUCCGAGUCACGUUCUAUCGAUACUAAUGCUGAAUUAAACAAUACAUGUGUCCAGGAUUUGUCUGUGGAGUUAACUACACCAAUAUCUGCAUUUUUAUUAUCUUCAUGUUUACACACAGAACAAGAAAGGAAACAAAAACAUAAUGAUGUAAAUAGUUUAGAUACAACAAAUUGUACAACUAAUUGCAAUAAUAUAUCAAUGGAAAUUACUGAAGCUGUACCAAUAUUUACAAAGUCUGUCGUUUCUGAUUUUGAAAAUUUCAAACAAAUUCCAAUAUUACAAAACUGUAAAAAUACAAGGUGGAAUGCCACAAAUAUUCCCAGCAUGAUAUUUUCAACAAAUUUACAAUCUAAUAUUGUUUCUAAAGAUAUUUCUGAAUGUAUGCCAGAUGUAAACUAUGCUAAUGACUCAAUGGUAUUAACAUCUGUAAUACAGCCAUGUACAGAAGUCACAGAUACUAACACGUGUCGCACAGGUAAUAGUAUAGCUUCUCAUGUUUCAAAAAAAACUAUCGUCACAUCAUCUAAAAUAUAUGAAAGAAGUGCCUGUGACGAAGAUACAAUUAAAGGAAAUGAUCUGACGGUAGGGAAAGAUCAAACUGAUAAAACUGAAAUUUUUAAUGAUGUACCGAUGGAAAUGACAAAGCCUGUAAGUAUCACGUUGCCUUCGAGUGUUUACAGUAAAGAGAAUUUUAGAGUGGACGAACCGAUAUCCAGCGAUGACAGAACCAUGUUUUACCAUAACGUAUCUAUGGAAAUGACGAAAAUAGUGUCGACAAAAAAUAAACAAGAUAUUACUGAAUUUAUCUGUAAAUCAUCUGAAGAGAAUACACAUGGCAGAAAGGAUAUAAACACAUCGGCCUGCUUUAAUGAAGAAAUUGGAUCAUUACAUAAGUCUAUGGAGUUUACUGAAAUUGCUCCAGUUUCCCACGAGAGAAUACUUCAUGCUGUACAAUCUGUAAAAAAUACAUGUGAAGAUCAUAACGAUAGUAGAAUUGAUUUUAAUAAUACAUCAAUGGAAAUAACAAAGUCAGCAAAUGUAUUAUCUUUAAACAUUGAAAAAGAGAAUUUAAAAAUUGUUGAAUCGACUUCGAAAGAUGAUAGAACUACAUUUUUCCAUAACGUAUCCAUGGAAAUGACAGAAGCAGUGUCGGCAAAAAGCAAACGAGAUAUCACUGCUUUUGAUAAAUCAAUAUCUGAAGAAAAUGCACCUAGCAGAAGGGAUGUAAACAUAUCGGCCUGCUUUAAUGAAGGAACUACAACGUUAUGCAGGUCUAUGGAAUUGACUGAAAUUGUCCCAGCUUCUUGCGAGAGAAUGCUUCAUUCUGUACAAUCUAUAAAAAAUACAUGCCAAGAUAAAAACGAUAAAAUUGAUUUUGAUGCAUCAAUGGAAAUAACAAAGUCAGUAAAUAUAUUACCUUUAAACGAUGACAAAGAGAAUUUAAAAAUAGUUGAAUCAAUGUCGAAGGAUGAUAAAACUACAUUUUUCCACAAUGUAUCCAUGGAAAUGACUACCGCGGUAUCAUCGAGAAAUCAACAAGAAGUUACUCAGCUAAUUACUUGUAAAUCUGAAAAUAAUACAGAUGGAGAAAAAAAUACAAACGAUUCCAUCGAAUUUAAUGAAGGAAUCAAAUUAUUGAGUAAAUCCAUGGAGUUUACCGAAAUUGUUUACCCAAUUUCUUUGCACGAGAAAACGUUUAAUACUACCAAUCCUGUUCACACACAGUCCACUACACAGUCCACAUCAUUCUCCCAAACGUUAGCAAAAACAGCCUGUUCAUUGCCUGUUGAAAAUUCUGCAGAAGUAUGUCAAACUGAUAUAGCUGCAAACAGAACAAUUCAAGAUAUAUCAAUGAAAAUUACUACUGGAAUGCCGUCAACAACGGAUCUCGCACAAGACGUGAAAAUAAAUAAAACGGACAAUUCAAUCAUUUCUAAAAAUGACAAAUUACAAAAUCUAAUAACAAAUGAUAAUCCAACCAAAUCAGAGAAAAGUGUAACAAACGAAAAUCUUACAAUUGCAAAGAAAAUUAUGGAAACGGAAAGAGUUUGCAACUCUUUUAUGGAAGCUCAAUCGUCUCAAGAAAAUGAUGUAUCUUUAUUACCGAGUACUAACGCUAACCAUGUAGAGAAUGAUGUAGAGCAUAAUGAUUGUUUUAUAAAGGAUAAUAUAGUAGAUAAUAUAGAUCACACACAGGUAUCUAACUCAAAUCUCAGAGAUAGUUUAAACGAGAUUAAUAAACAUAGCUUCUUAAGGAAAGAUUCGUCAUGCCUGGAAAACAGCUUGGUAGAGCUACAAUCAAUUAAACCACCAUCGUUCGUAUGUUUGGACAGCGAGGAAGAAAAUUCAUCCCAUGAAAUUCAAUGCGAAUCUCCAUCAUCGAUCUCAGUCAUCACUAAUGUGCCAGUUGAUAAUACCUUUAAUCGUUCAGUAAUAGAUAAUGUAACAGAGUCAAAGUGUCUAGUAAGUCCGAGGGAAAAUGUUUCAAGUGAUUAUUGUACAAUUUUAAGAGAAAAAGAAGAAACAAAUAUUGAAAACAAUCAAGCAAAGGAUUGUCACGGAAGCACUGUAGUAGAUAAAACUGAAGAUAAUACUCAGGAAACUAACCAAGCAAUUACGAAAACAAUUAUUAAUGAUAAUCGAUCUAAUGAAUCAAAUUAUUGUAAGACAAAGAAUAUUAAUGAAGAUAGUAUAUUAUCAAUGAAGGUUAAGGAUGGGGGGAAGGCUGUAACGGUACAAGAUAUUAAUCAUUACACGUCAUUAAUUAUCAAAGAAAUUAAUGUAACAGAUGAAGAUCAAAUGGAUAAAAGAGAAUAUACUCGAAAGAGGGAAAAUGAAGAUGCAAAGCUGCAAGAUAAUAUUCAAGACAAAGGGGAGUAUUCAAAUGGGAAAAGGCGAAGGACAGAAAAGUGGAGUGAUAAUUUCGCAGGCACAGAAGCAGUAAUUGAAGGUCAAAUAGAUUCUGAAGAAAGUAGAAAAAGUUGGAAUGAUGAAAUAAAAAAGCAAAGUAUGGAACAAAAAGAUGAAUGUGCAAUAGAAGAACUUGUAACGACGCGACAUGUCAAUAUGGUUGAAGAUAUUGAAAACGAAUCUUUGAUCGAACAAGAUCCGUUUUUAACAUUAUCGCAAAAAUUAGGAACGCAUGGCGCAAGGGAUAAUUGCAUUUGGAAUGUAUAUUAUAAAAAUAUCAACAAGAAAAUGAUUGUUUUUGGUUUCAUGUCAAAUUCAUUAUUGAUAGCGAUAUUCUUAUCAGAUGAUUUUGACGACUCUACAGAAAAUUUGAUAAAAAAGACCAAGAUUAUUUCGCGUCUUGCAGAUGAUGCAGAAAUACUAAUAAAAAUAGUUCACAAGUUAAUUUUGGAGAAAGUAAACGUCGAAAUACUUGCAAAUGUAUAUAGAACUCAUCAGGACAUCCUUCCGAUGUUAAAUUUUCUUUCGCAGGAAGUGAAACUAGCGAUGGACUUCAUGUUCGAUUUGAGACGUUUAGAUAACUUAAACUUAAUGGAGAUUGUUCAAGACGAAAUUACAUUCAUUUCUCGAAGUAAACGAAUGGACAUUAUAUUGAGAGUUACGAUCAAAGUAAAACGAUUUGAUAAACUCACUCCGAAUGACAUAAACUUGGGUUAUCUGUUGGGAAAAAAUAGAAUAAAAGAAAUAGAUAUUAAAAACUUAAUUAAAAACGUAAAAAAGGACCAUAAAUUUCUAAGGAGAUAUAUGAACGACGUGAAGGAUUAUAUUGAUAUAAUGGAAGAGACUUUCAAAUAAUCUAAUGACUGAUAAUAAAAAAGCUUCUUGGAUUGAUCUUUUAAUGAAGAUAUCGUUAUUGCAAUGUAUUCAAAUUAGAAAUAAAAUAAAUUUUAUAAUUAUCAGUAUUGUAAAUAA